AUGACGAAGAAACGCAGCUUUGUGGACAAGAAGAACGCAAAUCGCUUUCGACUUUUGCCAACACACGGAGGAGGUGCCGAUGAUUUGGAAGAAUUAUCGACUACUUCGGAAAAACGGUUUGUUCCGACAGCUGAGCAAUUGGAAGAACAACAUGAAUGUGGAAUCUUCUUCGACGAUGAUUAUGAUUAUAUGAAACACUUGCGCUCAAGCGAGGAUAAAGCUCAGCUGGUGCGUGUUGACGAGGAAGCGGUACCGGCAAACAUCCCUGGAUUACGAGAUCACUCAUUUCCACCCGCGCCUCAGCCGCCACCUGGAUCUUUUCUUUUUGGAGAGCUUGGCUUUGGAGAGCCUUCCAAGAAAGGGAAAAAGAACGACGAUACGAUUGACCCCGAAAUCGAACGCGUUCUGAAUGGGUUUGAUGAUGCGGAUGAUAUGGACGAUGAUUUUAUUAAAAUGCUAGGAGGCCCUGUUGAGUCUUCAUUCGCUCUUCCGCAAUCUCGUGGUGCUUACGAUAGCGAUGAAGAUGAAGAUGAAGAGGAUGCAUACAUGUCAAAUGCUCGUGCUAAGUAUUCGAUGGAGUUUGAUGAUAUGGAUGAAGAUGAAGAAGAGGAGGACAAAAUUGUUCAUCGCGAUCCCGCUUUGCAACGAGAUAUUGAUGAAGGAUUCGACAGCUUCAUGGAGGCUGCUUAUUGCCCAGAAAAGCUUGGCGGUCUUGAUCCUGAGGAUCCCCGUAUGCGUGGUGUUCUUGAUCCAAACAAUCCACGGAUCAUCAGAUUGAUUUCAAAGCAAAAGGGAGAUCCUGAGUACGAUUCAGAGUUUGCCAAAGAAGAUGUUCGCAAACGUUUACGCGCUUGGGCAAAAGAGGGCAAAGAUGACGGCGAAAUGGAAAUGAUUGAGGUUGAUGAAGGGGCCAGUAAACGUCUGAAGUGGGAUUGCGAAUCAUUUGCUUCUCAAUACACGAACAUCUACAAUCAUCCAGCUCAAAUACGUGAACCACCUGGCAAGCUCAGUAAGAAAGCUUUGCGUCGAAUUGAUCGAUUGUCAAAACAAGAAGCCGAAGCCGAACAGGUUGAGGAGGAUGAAAUAAUGGACGAUGGGGAAAGUCUCAUUUCGACCGUUUCAACUGUUCGACCAAAGAACGAGACGGCUGAAGAAAGGCGUUUACGGAAACUGGCCGUGAAAGAUGCCCAAAGAGAGCGUCGUGUUGAGAAGAAGCAAAAUAAGAUUGCUUUUGCCGAGGAAGCGCUCCGUGUCAAACAGCAAAGUAUUGGUAACCAAAAAGUAAAACAAUUAAAC